AUGGCCGACUUAUCGCAUACCCGAACGAACGACGAGAUGCUUAAGAACGCCGCGCAUCUUUCCGAAGACGUCCCACCCGAAGACGACGAAGUAAGCGGGUCCUCUAACAUGAGAAUAGUCGACUUUGGAAGAGAUGGUACCGCCGAUCCCGAGAAUGGAGUAGUGGAUGAAGCACAUCAACAGCCGCCAAGACGCAAGAGGAGGAGGUUUGGACUGGGAAAGAAGAAAGAGAGUUAUAGCCAUACGCAUUACAAGGUUUACAAGAGACGGUGGCUCGGGCUGGGCCAGUUGGUGUUGUUGAAUAUUGUUGUUAGUUGGGAUUGGCUAACAUUCGCCCCCAUAUCAACAACCUCAUCGCAAUACUUCCACGUCCCGGAAUCAUCCAUCAACUGGCUGUCAACCGCUUUCCUCUUCUCCUUCGCUGCAACAUGUCCAUUAACGAUUUACCUGCUCCACCGCGGCCCCAAACCAUCCAUCAUCGCCGCGUCCAUCUUGUUGCUGAUCGGCAACUGGAUCCGGUAUGCGGGUACCAAGACCAAUAUCUUCCCCGUAGUCAUGGUGGGCCAGAUCUUGACGGGUUUGGCGCAGCCGUUUGUUCUGGCAGCGCCGACGCGGUAUAGUGAUAUGUGGUUUACUGAAGGAGGAAGGAUUGGAGCGACAGCGGUGGCGAGUUUGGCGAAUCCUUUUGGAGCGGCGCUUGCGUCUCUCAUUAACCCUUUCUUGGGCGAUGUGCCAACUACGGUGUUGAUAGUCUCAAUCAUCGCAACCGUAGCAUGCCUCCCGUCUUUCUUCAUCCCCGCAGCACCAUCAACACCCCCGUCUGCUUCUUCUGUCAUCUCCAAAACGUCAAUCAUGACCUCCCUGAAGCACAUGCUACGCACCCCCGCCUUCUACCUAGUCUUCUUCACAUUUGGCGUCUACACCGGCUUCUUCAACGCCUUCACCUCGCUGCUAAACCAGAUCCUGUAUCCAUACGGCUACACCGAAGACGAAGCGGGUAUCUGCGGCGCGGUGCUCAUCGUUGUCGGACUGGUAGCUUGCGCUAUUACCUCACCCAUCAUAGACCGCACACACGCCUACCUGCUCGGCAUCAAGAUCCUGUGUCCCGUGCUAUCAGCGGCUUAUCUAGCGAUGAUCUGGGCGCCGGAGACGAGGACGAUCGUCGCUCCGUAUGUGCUCGGUGCAGUCUUAGGCGCAUGUUCGUUUUCGCUGCUGCCGAUCGCGCUGGAAUACUUAGUCGAAAUUACGUUUCCGGCCAGCCCGGAGGUUUCCUCUACGAUCUGCUGGGUCGGAGGACAAGUCUUCGGCGGCAUCUUCAUCGUCAUCAUGAACGAGCUCAAAGACGGAAGACCCGUGGAUCUGGACGCUGUACAGGACGCGGGCAGGGAUGAGGCGACGGGUGGAAAUAGACCACCUGGACAUAUGCUUUGGGCGUUGGUAUUCCAGGCUGUGGUUUGUGCGGUAGUGUUGCCACUGCCGCUUUUGUUGGGUGUGAAGCGACUGGGCCUCGCUAGUAGAGAGGGCAGGCUGAAGAAGGAUGUCGAUGGCGAUAGCGUUGUUGUCGCGGAAGAGGGGUCCGGUGAGGGCGUGCAGGGACACGAGCAAUGA